CUGGCGUAGCUUUAGUCAUUCAUUUAAAGAUAUUUUCAUUUUGCAUUUGCAAUUUGCAAGAAGUCGCCAUAUUUUGUCUUGCAUUAUACUAUUACUCACCUAUUACAUACUCAUACCACAUCGCACAUACCUACAACAGAUAAAAAAUUGAGAAAAUGAGUGCUCUUCAUGUAGAUAUCGAAUACUGUGAUAAAUGCGGAUAUUCAGAAAAGUUUCAUGAUCUCGCUAAAUAUAUUGAGAAGAAACAUCCUUCAGUAGAAGUUAAUGGUCGUGAAGGUCGUAGAGGUUCCUUUGAGGUGUCCGUGAAUGGUGAAAUCGUGCAUUCAAAACUGUCUACCCUAGCGUAUCCAGAUUACGAUGAUCUUCAAAAGAUUAUUAGUGAAGCUCAGGAUGGUAAACCAGCGAGAACAUGCAAACAACAGCCAAUCACUAGCUGUGUUAUAAGUUGAGAAUAUUCUGAUGAUUGUGAAAUGAAUGAAUAUUGUAGUAGGUAGUCCAUAUACAAGAAUGAAUAUAAUUUCGUAGAGAC